AUGUCUACCUACAUCUCACGUCUGAAAGCAAUGGGCAGUGAGCCCACCACAAAGUCGAUUAACCAAGGCAGCGAUGCAUCGAUCGAAGAAGGCGAGAACUUUGUGACGGAAUUGGACCAAGGUUCCAAAAGACUAGGUCUCAUCUCGAGCAUCGGUCUCAUUUGCAACCGGAUGCUGGGCGCCGGGGUUUUUGCCGUCUCGUCGACCAUCUACACACUUUCGGGAUCCAUAGGGCUGGCCCUGGUCAUGUGGGUGGCAGGCGCCAUCAUCGCUACAAGCGGCAUGUACGUGUAUCUGGAAUACGGCAGCGCAAUCCCUCGUAACGGUGGUGAAAAAAACUACCUCGAACACGUUUUCAGGAAACCUCGGUUUUUUGUGACCUCGAUGUACGCCUCGUACGUUUUCUUCUUGGGCUGGGCUGCCAGUAACUCGGUGAACGCCGCAAUCAUGUUUCUCACCGCCGCAGACACAGAAGUCACCACCUGGAAACAGCGAGGACUCGCCCUGGGUAUCGUUGCGUUCUGUUUCCUCGUCAACGCGGUGAACGUGAAACUCGGUAUCUACAUCCAAAACGUGCUGGGCAUUUUCAAGCUUGGCAUUGUGAUCUUCAUCAGUGUCACCGGAUGGGUGGUGCUGGGCAACAAAAACCUAAGAACGGACAACUUCCACAACGCGUUCGAAGGAACCGGAAACGCAACCGCUUAUGGUAUAGUGAAUGCGCUGUACAACGUCAUCUGGUCUUUCAUCGGUUACUCGAACGUCAACUACGCGCUCGGUGAAGUACGGGACCCGGUCCGCACAUUGAAAAUCGCUGGGCCUGUGUCCAUGGCGUUUUUGACCGUCAUCUACAUUUUCGUGAACAUCGCUUACUUCGCCGCUGUCCCCAAGGAAAAGCUGGUGUCUUCAAAACUGAUCUUGGCUGCCGAUUUUUUCGACAUCGUGUUUGGCGGACACGCUAAGAAGGCUGCCGCUGCAAUCGUUGGUCUGAGUGCCGUGGGGAACGUUCUUUCUGUGAUUUUUGCGCAAGGUAGAAUCAUCCAACAGUUGGGUCGUGAAGGUGUUCUUCCGUUCUCAAACUUUUUCGCUAGUUCCAAGCCCUUCGACUCACCCAUGGUCGGUUUGCUACAGCACUUCAUUGUCUGUGUGGUAACUAUCAUUGCUCCACCUCCAGGAGAUGCAUACAAUUUCAUUCUCAACCUGAUCUCCUACCCACUGAAUGUGAUCAAUCUCGCUAUCAGUGCAGGCCUUCUGUGGCUCUACUGGCAGCGUCGUCAAAAGAAGAUCGAAUGGAACCCCAAGAUCAAAGCUGGUGUUUUCGUAACACUAUUGUUCACACUUUCGAAUAUCUAUCUGGUUGUGGCCCCAUAUGUGCCUCCAUCAGAUAAAGGUGAGCAAGUUUACAAGUCGCUCCCUUACUGGAUUCACAACGUUGUCACUUGGGGAAUUUUCGCCCUUGGGGCCAUCUACUGGCUAGUAUGGUCUCAAAUUUUGCCAAGAAUCGGUAAGUACGAAUUGGUUGAUACCGAGGUGGUUGGUGAAGAUGGUUUCUGGAGAAAGAAGAUCAUCAAGAGAAAGAUCGGUUACGUCGACGACGCCUCGGAGAAUAUCGAGGUAAACGUGGUUUCAUCCGAGCUUGCGGACAAGCAAAAAUAA